UGGAAAAGAAGCUGUGUAGUUACGGGGUCAACGUACGUACAUAGACGUUCCUCAGGGUAUAGCAUCAGUACCAUUACAUCACGUGGAUGGUAAAACAUCAGCUGUGAAGCACGUGAUCAGUGUGUGACUGACAUGGUACAGGACAGUAACAUACGACAAUCAGAGGUCUUCUCAUUUAUGGAUUCUAGACGGCGGUCGAGUUCAGGAUCCACUCACUGGAUUUGUCUGCGUUUGAAAGGAAAAAACGUCACUACAACAGAAGGGUUUAGCUAGCGGAGGUCCAUUUGAAGCACUGCAAUCAGAAUAAAGGAAUGCCGGAAGUGACGUCAUGGUAAAUAUAAGCACCACGAUUGAGGGCGAUAGUGACCUCGGGGUUUGUAACGGAAACAUCAAACAUAUAGGAAACCAAUAUGAGACUAACAUGCAUAAAUCAAAAUGUUCAUCCAUUGGAAAUGUCAGUAACAUGACAGAAAAGAAUAAAGAGACAGAUAAUGAUGAACGGAGGACAAGCACUUCUGUGAAUACUGAUCGUCAUAGAGCAAAGGAUUUGUGGCAUGAAGGACUUCCGGUAGAUACUGGAUGGGCCUGGAUGGUGUUGCUAGGAUGUACCAUAAAUAUGGCUCUGAUCUUCGGUACUCUGAAGGCGUUCGGGAUCUAUUUUGUGGAAUUCAUUGUCGUAUUUGAAGCUGAAGUGUCUGUGACGUCACUAAUAUCGGGUAUUCAACAAGCAACAUAUUCUGUGUUUGCCCUGCCUAUGCUGACAUUCGGUAUGAAAUACGUCACCUGUCGCCAGGCGUCCAUGACAGGUGGUUUCCUCGCCGGAACUGCUUACAUCCUUGGUAGCCGCGCCGUGAAUAUCUACAUGUUAUUGGCCACUCACGGCAUUAUUUACGGUUUAGCCUUGGCCUGUGUCUUUCCGUCCAGUUCCUACCUCGUCGGACUCUACUUCAACCGUCGCCGUAGUCUCGCUAACGCAAUAGUCCUAGCGGGAGCAGCCUUGGGCGGGUUAGGGUUACCUCCCCUGUACCGCUUUCUUCUUGACACAUACGGGUUGCGUGGAGCGCUUAUUAUCACAGGUGGUUUUCUGUUCAAUACUAUGGUCAGUGCUAUGUUAAUGAGACCAACAGAUUUCUACGCAUGCGCAAGUCGUAGAUCAAAUGACAGUGGUGAUAUAUCGGAGUCAGAUUUAUCCCAUCAGGCCAAAAUUCUAGAGCCUGAACAAGAUAAAUUAUUGCCUAGCAUAUCCCACAACACUUUACAUUUCAAACCAGACAAACUGGGCUCUAGUUUAUCUCACAAUAAACUUCAUGUUUGUAGUUUAUCUCAUGGCAAGCUACAGGACAAGGAAAAGGGUAAAUUGGGACUGAGCGUCUCGAAAACGGAAGUGACAUCUUUGCAGCCCUCACCUCUCCUUCAUCACAUAAAACUCAACUCCUUUGUUCCUUCAAACGGAUAUGUAUCAUCCACUGACAGUAUCAUAGAACGUCUGUCCCGUUCUAGUGUUAUAUUCUCGGCUAGUAAGGGAGACCUAGUGCACAGGUCCGUACAGGAUCUAGCUGCAUCCAACACGCAAAUCAGCUGUUAUAAAAGCAUCGACACCGUUAACAUGUCGGUCGAAAUUGAAAAUGACAAGCCCAAAAGUCUGUUCGACUUUUCCGUCCUGAGGAGUUCUCUAAUGCGUCUAUUCUUAAUUGUUUACAUUCUAGGAGGCGCUUCUGCGGGAUAUGUUCACGUUUUUAUACCUCCGUACGCAAGAGAGCGACAGAUCAGCAACUAUCAAGUUGCGUUGAUAGUGUCGGCCACUAAUGCUUGUGAUUUUAUCGGCCGUGUCCUUGGUGGUGUGAUAGUUGAUCAACACAUCCUUAGAUCUCACACAACGGUUGGAAUCACACAGUUGUUGGCCGGAGUGGUCAUCCUUAUGUCCCCUAUCUACCAACAGUUUUGGUCAAUGCUUAUUUUCGGGAUUCUGGACGGUCUGUUUGCCGGAAGUCUGUUCUCGCUGGCCCCUGCCGUGGUGGUGGACUUCCUUGGAAUGGAGAAAUACAGAAGCGCGAUGGGGAUAUUGCUUGUCUGCCAGGGCGUGUCACUGGGAACCUCGGCACCAAUAGCUGGCCUUCUGAGGGACGUCAGUGGAACAUACACUACCUCAUUUUACUUCAUCGCCUGUAGCGCCCUCGCAGGCGCUAUAUUGAUUCUAAUAGUUCCGGUACUCCUGCGCAAGUACAAAAAUGUAUGGAAAUCACAUGACCCGAAAAGUGAAAAGGAAACUUCCGUCCAUCUCACAGCGACAGAGAACUCAAAAGAAGAUGUUUAAUGGCAGAACUGAGGACGUCGGACCCUUCCCUAUCUUGUCACUCCUUUUUCCAUUGGAAUAAUGUGUCCAAGUAAUGGAUGAGCGUCUGACAAGUGUGUCCAAGUAAGGGAUGAGCUUCUGAUAAAUGUGUCAGUAAUGGAUGAACGUCUGCCAAAUUUAUCUAAGUAGGAGAUGAACGUUUGACAAAUGUAUCUAAGUAAGGAAUGUUCUUCUGGCAAUGUGUCCAAGUAAGGGAUGAGCUUCUGGCAAUGUGUCCAAGUAACAGAUGAACGUUUGACAAAUGUAUCUAAGCAAGGAAUGUGCUUCUGGCAAAUGUGUCCAAGUAAGGGAUGAGCUCCUAGCAAAUGUGUCCAACUAAGGGAUGAACGUCUGGCAAAUGUAAGAAAUGAGCGUCUGACAGCUUUUCCGGAACUAGUUAACCAUUGCCAGUUAUGGAUUGACAUGAGUGAUAUUUUUUAUACCAUUGUUAUUCAUAUUAAACUUCAAGACAUAUAUACAAUAGUGUUUAAUCUUAGGUUUUGAUCUGAAUACACUAGCAGCUGCACGCCGGCCAUGAGAAAACACCCCAAUAUGAUGAUGUUCGUACUACAUCAAGAAAUGUUCGCAAGAUAUACAACGCAAGAAGAUUAGAGUAUCAUGGUACGACAUAUCUUAUUAUCAAGAUCUUGCAUGAUUGUCGUAUUUUGUCAUGUGACAAUUGGGAUUAGUCAUACGAACAUUUACGAGAGGUUCCGAUAAAGCCUGCAGAUGAUUUCAGGAAGAUGCUUUCGAUGUCCAAGAAAAAGGGCGGGGGUUAUGGCAAGGCUAACGUUCCCGAAAAAAUGUUGCAUGACCAUGUUUUGAAAUUUCUCAAUUAAACUGUCUGGAAAAUGUGGAAAAUGAAGGUCGCAAAGACAUUGUAAGGUCAAAUAAUGCAUUAAGUUGGAGUUUAACCAUAAAGUAUAUACGUAAUAUGAUAUAUAAGGAAUUAGAGGCCAAAAAUAGUAUUUAAUGCAGUAGAUGGUUAUGUCGAUAGGGAUGAUAUUUCUGAUUUAUAUAUUAAGAGGAAUAUUAUAUCAUUAUUGGAUAUCAAGUGGAACGAUAUAUCUGAAUUUAAUAUUAAGGGGAAAAUGAUUUCUUAAUUUGAUGUUAAGAGGAAUAUUAUAUCUUAAUUUGAUAUUAAGAGGAAUGGUAUAUCUGAAUUUGAUACUAAGAGAAACAUUUUGUCUUAAUUUGAUAUUAAGAGGAAUGAUAUAACUGAAUUUGAUAUUGAGAGAAAUAUUAUUUCUUAAUUUGAUUUUUAGUGGAAUAUCAUAUCUUAAUAUGAUAUUAACAAGAAAUUGUAUAUCUGACUUAGAUAUUGCGAGAAACCACAUGCCUGAAUUUUAUAUUGAGAUUAAUGACAUAUCUUAAUUCGAUAGAAAGAUAACUAAUGUUAUAUCUAAAUUAUAUAUCAUGAGUGAUGUUAUAAUUGAAAUAUAUGUCUUAACUUACUCCAAUAGUGGGAUCGUUUCUACGCAAAGAAAAUUAUUUUACAUCACUUGUGCUAAAUGUUUGGAGGGAUCAACUCCGACCAAUGCAGAGGCAAUAGUUCAAACGUGUGUCUAUGGGUAUUCUUACACUUCAUAUCACCACAUAAACAGUUGGUGAGGAGUAAGUUUUCCUGCAGAGCAAUCACCCUAGUUUUGAAUGUGCUGUAUAUGAACGAGUAACAGAUAUCAAAAGUGCCCUAAAAGUAGUAGGUUCGUAUCUGGAGUUAAAAGAUAGGACACAUCUGCCUUUUUGACUCGAACUAAGGUUCGUAUCUGGAGUUAAAAGAUAGGAUACAUCUGCCUUUUUGACUCGGAUAUUUUCAUUAAGUGUUACGUUUGUGUUUCUCUUAACAAGAAUGCAAUCACUAUAGUAUAUCACUUGGUCUAUAUCUUUACUGUUUGAAAUAAAGUAAUAUGUAAUGUGUCAUGAUAUUUAAGUGGUAAAAGAAUCGUCAUUUUGAAUCAGUCAUUUUAGAUACGUAUUGAAUCGUUCUGCAUGGUAGACCCCAUGGUUUUUUAGGUGCCUUAUUUUUAUUUUCUAAUUUAUUUAUUUUUUUGUUUCUUUUUUUUUAAUGUUCAAGGGUGAAGUUUUGAGUUCUGAAUACUAUGGAAUUCACCUCUACUCAAAGUAUACAUGAGCAAAUGUCAUGAUGCUUAAUCUAGCAAUGCCUAAAAGAUCUCAGGAAGUUUUAAUAUAUGAUAUAUUGAUAAAUAUAUAUUUAUAUUUCUAUGAUCUGUGAUAAUGGUGUCAGUUCUCCAUGGUUACUUUAUGAUAUUGAAAUGUCUUUCAAGGAGACAUGGCGAAAGGGCGAUCCACAACGAUUUGUUUCUCGACUAUUAUAGUAAUCUCUUUUUCAUAUUUAACUACACAUGCGUGUGCUGAAAUAUUUUAAUACGAAAAACGAAAAUGACCAUGUCUGAAUUUAACGUGUAACCGGGGUCUCGUCUGUGUUCUUUCGAUUUGUUUUCACUUAGUUAAAUUGUACCAAUAGUUGUCACUAGCAAAUAUACGCGAUUUGUGGAAUGGAAUCAGUCAUUUGUCUGUAACAUUGAUGCUUAAACAGUGUUUAUGGAUUCAGACAUUUGUUUAUAACAUUGAUGUUUAAACAGUGUUUAUGGAAUCAGACAUAUGUCUGCAUCAUUGAUGUGUAAACAGUGUUUUUGGAAUCAGGCAUGUGUUUGUAAAAUUGAUAAAUCAACGGUGUCUGUAACCUGAUGGUUAAACAUUGUUUAUGGAAUAAGACAUUUCCCCGUAACUUGAUGUGUAGACAGUGUUUAUGGAACCAGACAUUUGUAUAUAACAUUUAUCGUUAGACAUUGAUUUUUGAGUCAGGCGUGUGUUUGUAAAAUAAAUGAAUAAUCAUUGUUUAUGGAUUAGGAUAUUUUUCUAUAACAUUAAUGAAUAAACAUUGUUUAUGGAUUAGGAUAUUUUUCUAUAACAUUAAUGAAUAAACAUUGUUUAUGGAUUAGGAUAUUUUUCUAUAACAUUGAUGGAUAAACAUUGUUUAUGGAACCAGACAUCUGUCUUCAACAUCGAUGAUGAAACACCUUUUUUUGCAAGAGACUUUUUUUUUUUUUUUUGACGUGUAGACAUUGUUUAUGGAAUCAGAAAUUUGUCUGUAAUUUGAUAAGUAGAUAGGGUUUAUGGAUUAGGCCAUUGUCUGUAACAUUGAUAAGUAAACUGUUUAUAUAUGUUUGUAUUUUACACCCAUGUAGAUUGGUGUUUUUCUAUACGCAAUUAAAUGUUCAAGUCGAUAACUUCCAUUGUAUUAUAUGCUGUUGUUAAAUGACAUUACGUCUUUAUAAAGAUUUAUUCUCUUAUAUUGGAAGCGCUAUGUGGUUAAGAUGUAUUAAGUUAUAAAAUGUAUAAUACUGUCAUUGCCUUUUGUACAAUCAUCAUCAGAAGUUGAAAUUAAACCCCAAACAAAUCUUUAUUUAUCUGUGCAUUCUUUCUGAUGAUAAAUGGACAAUGGUGUUCAUAUCAUACUUAUACUUAUGAUUAUGAAUUUAUGUUUUAUAUUAUUAACAUUUGUGAUUCGCACAUCACGUUUCAAAGCAAUUAUUACAUUCCUUUUUGCUGUAGUUUUGAAUUGCGCUGUGGUCAACAGUUUAUGGAUAUUUACAAUUCUGUAUUUCAAAGAAUCAUUACGAUCAUUGCGAUUCCAUGUAGAUAUGGCCGAACAAGAUUUACUUUGCUUAUUAGCAUUGCAGGAGUAGAGAAAGCUGUCUCUCACUGCAUAUCACUGAUCGAUGACAAUUUGAAGUCUGAAUGAGAAACAAAUAUACUGUAUAAAUGUCAUUGUAAUGAGUAGUGUAAGUACUAGAACUUACUUGUGAUAAUAAUUGAGAUAUUUGAGAGAUCACCUUGGAGUCCUUAUUAUUUUCCGUACAAGUUACUAUACCGUAUCUAAGACUCUAUCUGCAUUCAAGGUGCUACUAUCUUGUGUGUAUUUUGUACAAACCAUUAAUGUUUCUGAGUCAACAUCCUACAAGCUUAACAAGAGGCACGAAGGUCAGUUGGUAGGACGAAGGGCAACAUGAUCGAAGGGUCGCUAGUUCGAGUCACGGCACGGGCGCUGUGUUGUAUCUUUCAAAAAGACUAUUUUUACUCCUUUGUGUUCCAGUCAACUAAGCUGUAAAUGAACACAUGGUAAGACAGCUUACGAAAUGUGUGUAAGCAAGCCGUUCGUACCGAAAUGGCAGCUCCGUUUGUAUGCUCUGCAGGGAGUUGAGAAAGGCAUUGACUGGUUUCUAAAGGCCACAUAACAACGGAUGAUCAAUGUCAUUUGUGAAACGUUUGAAACGGGUAUGUUGCUAUGCUAUAGCGGUGUAUGAAACUCCUAAUUGCUAUUUAUUGUUAUAAACAUAGAAUUCACUUUUACAUCU